GCCUGUGCGGACGGACGGACGCUCCGCUCCCGCCGCUGGAGUUUGCAGCUGAAAGUUUGUCGCGGCCGCUCGAUGUGAAGGAAUGUGAGGCAGCGAGAGCAGCACAAGGAGAGGCACUGGGCCCUGGGGCUCCCUAAAAUUGAAGAUGGCUGCACAAGUGCUUGAGCAAUCUGGAGGGACCAGUAUGUUUUCUCGCUCUGGUGUUGGAAUCUCUUCAGAUGAGGAAAUCUGUGGUCUUAAUUAUCUUUCCAAGAAUGACUUGACAGCAGCACCACAGCUGGUUAUGUUGGCAAAUGUUGCAUUAACUGGUGACAUAAGCUGUUAUGAUUACCAUGGCGAGGUUAGACAGAUGGCAGAAUUGAAAACGGUAAAUAGCAAUUUAUCUGACAAUGAGGAUGAUUUAAGAACUGAUGUCAAUGAUGCUUUGCAGUCUGAAAGUCUAAGCGCAGAAGAUCAAGCCCUGCCAAUUGUUGCAACAAAGGACAAUUCUGAGAGUUUUUCUCAAGACACUUGCGACUCAGGUACAGAUUCAACAGAAGUUGUAAAUCAGGAGAACUUGGCUGACAAGAGAAAAAAACCGAAACCGUUUCGCUGUCGCCCGUGUCAGUAUGAAGCUGAGUCCAAGGUGGAGUUUGUGCAUCACAUCAAAGUACAUAGUGCCAAAAAGUUUAUUGUUGAGGAAAAUGCAGAAAAGCAAACCAAAUCCAAAGUUCCUGAACCUCUUCCUGAAGAGACUGAUAUUUCUAAGGGUCCCAUUCGUUGUGAUAGGUGUGGAUAUAACACAAACCGAUAUGAUCAUUAUUUGGCGCAUCUAAAACAUCAUGACAAGGUUGGAGAGAACGAAAAAGUUUAUAAAUGUACCAUCUGCACAUACACUACUGUCAGUGAAUAUCACUGGAGAAAGCAUUUGCGGAACCACUUUCCUCGGAAGAUUUAUACUUGCUCACAGUGCUCUUAUUUCUCCGACAGAAAGAAUAAUUAUGUGCAGCACAUGCGAACACACACAGGUAUGGUUCAUUACUAA